AGCCAGGGCGGGCCCGCGGCGCUCGCUCCCGCCGCCGCCACCUCGUUCCCCGCGGCGCUGGCACCCGGCCCGUCCUCCCGUGCUGGCGUACGGGGCUUUCUAUCUUACACUGUGCCUUAAACAUGGAAACUGUAGAAAAGAAUAGUGUAUCCCUGAAACGUCCUCACUCUGAGGAUGGUGUGGCUAAUGCAGAUGAAGUUAAAAGACAGAAGAUCUCAGAGAAGUCUAAGACAGAGAAUGACUCUGGGCAAAGCACUGAGACUGUAACAGAACAACCUGACAAAUCUCUGCUUGAGAACAUGAAAAAUGAAAUAAUCCCCAAUGAGGAAAGUGAGGAGCAGGAAGAUGAGGAACUAGAAGACAGUGAUGAAGAUGGAGAUCCAGAGAGCUUUGCAGACAUGAUGAAGCAUGGACUGACAGAAAGUGAUGUUGGCAUAACUAAAUUUGUUAGUUCUCAUAAAGGGUUUUCUGGAAUCUUGAAAGAGAGAUACUCAGACUUUGUUGUCCAUGAAAUAGGCAAAGAUGGACGUGUGAGCCAUUUAGAUGACUUUACUGUUCCAGUGGAUGAUGAGGACCCAUCAGAAGAAACAUUUACAGUUUUGUCAGAUGAAGACAAGCAGCGUUUAGAGGAGCUCCAGCUUUUUAAGAAUAAGGAAACUAGUGUUGCCAUAGAGGUAGUUGAAGACACCAAAGAAAAAAGAACAGUUAUCCACCAGGCUGUGAAGUCCUUGUUUCCAGGACUGGAGACUAAAACAGAAGAUCGAGAUGGAAAAAAAUACAUUAUUGCUUAUCACGCUGCUGGGAAGAAAGCACUGGCAAAUCCAAGAAAACACUCUUGGCCAAAAUCUAGGGGAAGCUACUGCCACUUUGUCCUAUAUAAGGAGAACAAGGAUACCAUGGAUGCCAUUAAUGUCCUAUCCAAAUUUUUAAGUGGGAAAAGGUCCACAGCUGAAGAUCUAAGGAAGGCUUGGCUGCUCAAAGCCUUGAUAGUGAAGCCAAACAUAUUUUCCUACAUGGGAACCAAGGAUAAAAGGGCUAUAACAGUUCAAGAAAUUGCUGUGCUCAGAAUCACUGCACAAAGACUUGCUCAUUUGAAUAAAUGUUUGAUGAACUUCAAAUUAGGAAACUUCAGUUACAAGAAUCAUCCACUGAAAUUAGGAGAACUGCAAGGGAACCAUUUCACUGUUGUUCUCAGAAACAUAACAGGAACUGAUGACCAGAUAGAGCAAGCAAUGCAAUCUCUCAGGGAAAUUGGAUUCAUUAAUUACUAUGGAAUGCAAAGAUUUGGAACCACAGCUGUUCCUACGUAUCAGAUUGGCAGAGCUAUUCUACAGAACAAUUGGCAUGAAGUAAUGGAUUUGAUACUAAAACCAAGACCAGGAGCUGAGAAGGGAUACUUAGUGAAAUGCAGAGAAGAAUGGGCAAAGACUAAAGAUCCAGCAGCAGCCCUCAAGAAACUACCUGUAAAAAGGUGCGUGGAAGGACAGCUUCUACGUGGACUCUUAAAGUAUGGAAUGAAGAACAUAAUCUCUGCAUUUGGCAUAAUACCAAGAAAUAAUCGCUUAAUGUAUAUUCAUAGCUACCAGAGUUAUGUGUGGAAUAAUAUGGUGAGCAAGAGAAUAGAAGAAUAUGGGCUUAGAGCUGUACCAGGAGAUCUCACACUUAAAGGAGCCACAGCUGUUCAUAUCGAAGAAGGAGAUGUUGAUAACUACACUAUCCACGAUGUAGUGAUGCCAUUGCCUGGAUUUGAUGUUAUUUAUCCAAAGCACAAAAUUGGGGAGGCCUACAAGGAAAUGCUAGUAGAUGACAAUCUUGAUAUCAACAACAUGAGGCAUAAGAUCAGAGAUUAUUCUCUUUCUGGAGCAUACAGAAAGAUUAUCAUUCGACCUCAGAAUGUCAACUGGGAGGUAGUAGCCUAUGAUGACCCCAGAAUCCCAUUAUUUACUACGGAUUUGGAUAAGCUGGAAGGAAAACCAUUACCAGUUCUUCCUACAGACGGUAAAUUCAGGGCACUGAAGAUGGAGUUCUCUCUUCCCCCAUCCACUUAUGCUACCAUGGCGAUCCGAGAAGUCCUGAAAAUGGACACAAGCAUAAAGAACCAGACACAACUGAAUACGACCUGGUUACGCUGAGCGAACUACAGAGAUCACUGGGAUUUUAACAUAUGGAAAAGUAUUUUCCUAUUAACGUGUUCUGCACAACUCUUUAAAGACUGGUAGUAAGAGAUUUGUAUUUUUUUAAGUUUUUAUUAGUGCUAGCAUUUCACUUCAGUAGUCAUUUGCAAGAUGGUGGCUGUACUAUAAUAUAGAUCUUAGUGACUGGUGCUUUUAAUGAGUAAGUUGCUUGAGCUGUAAUAUGGAUGCAUCUUUAAGAAAUGGACUUUUAAUAGUUCCAGACCUGGAAGAAUGUUUAGCUUGCCUUUUCUUUGGCAAACAAUGUUUUCAUGAGUUCAGCACACUUUAGAGUCUCUUCACAUACAUUAACUGACAGCUUAGGAAGAUAAGGUACAACAAAAUUAACGUAUCAAUUAACAUUUGUAUCACAGGAGGUUUUGCUGGCAGCAUUUGCACUGGUGCAGUAGAGGAUUCUUAGCAAGGCUUUGUAUGUGCUGUAAAG